AUACAAAUAUUAUAGGAUACAAAUAUAAUGGAAAUGAAUGAAUAGAUGAUAAUGCCAAACUUUUAUAAGCAUUAUCUCAUUUAUUAAUUUCUGCUAAUAAUUUGUAUAUGCAAAGGCUAGAUCAUAUCACACGUGUUACGAUAUACUCUGUGUAUGAAAAUUAAGUGCGCCUUGUUUUUUCUGGAAUAUAUACCGUGAAUGAUGCAGUGUGACGCAUCUCAUUAAUCCGCUUCAACGUAUACGCACAUCGUGCACACGCCUACGAACAGGUCGAGAACGUGAACAAGCGCUCUUACGCGUGCGAGUCGUUCCUCGACCGUUCGUGACGACGCAUCUCCCGUGAGAGAAAAAUUGGUAAAUACAUUUAACAAGAAACUACGAGAAUUAAUAACGAGCUUAUCACGACAAAUAAAUCAUAUCAGAUGGAGCCUCUCUGGGAAACACACGACCGUCAAAUAAACGAGGCUGCUUUGCGGAGAGGAUCAGAUACCAGCGUCGUUCUGACCGAGGACACAGACAGCUUCAGGAUCGGAGAUCGAGUAUGGGUCGGCGGCACGAAACCCGGAACAAUCGCUUACAUCGGCGAGACCAAAUUCGCCCCCGGAGACUGGGCGGGAGUCGUCCUGGACGAGCCUAUCGGGAAGAACGACGGUUCGGUGGCGGGUAGCCGAUAUUUCCAAUGCGAGCCGAAAAGAGGGAUCUUCUCGAGGCUCACUCGACUCACCAGGUUGCCGCUGAGCGAUCAUGUAACGAGCAUGAUCUCGACGCCGACGACACCGCCCGACAGUGCCAGAAGUGGCCUUUUCAACAAAUCCAUGUCGCCGUCGUUGAAUGCAUCGACAACAAGCUUGUCCUCCAUGGUGUCGCAGCGGGGUGAACUGAGAAUAGGCGAUCGGGUGAUAGUAUCAUCGAGCCAGGGCAGCAAAACUGGCGUGCUCAGAUAUCUAGGCACUACGGAAUUCGCAGCGGGUGAGUGGUGCGGCGUGGAACUGGACGAUUCAGUCGGAAAGAAUGACGGCUCCGUUAAUGGCAAAAGAUACUUCGAGUGCUCGCCCAAGCACGGCCUGUUCGCACCCGCGCACAAAGUCAGCAGGUCGCCGUCCAGCAAGAGGUCAUCCAUUAGUGUAAUGCACAAACCGAGUGGCGCAACCCUCAACGUCUCGGGCCUUCAGAAGAAGAGCGGCUCCCGCGAGUCGCUCGCGUCCAGCAUCGCCUCGAGCGUCGUCAGCGCGAGAGCGAGCACGGCGAGCGGCACCACGGCGAGGAGGCUUGGCAUGCGCACGUCGACACCUGCGCGAAGUUCAUUGCAGGAAGUUUUGAAAGAGAAACAGCAAGAAAUAGAUAUCCUGCGGAAGGAGCGAGAUCUCGAGCGCGAAAGAGUCACAAAAGCAGCGAGUCAGGCUGAUCAGGCAGAGCAAUCGGCGCUUUCGAUCAAGCAAGAAUAUGACAAGUAUCGCGAACAGAUGCAAGAAGUGGUCAGCGAGACGGAACUCACUGUCGCCAAACUUCUCAGCGAGAAAAAUGCACUGGCGGUACAGCUGGAAGAUGAGAAACGGAAGUGCGAAGAUCUUUUGUUCCGUUUUGAAGAGGAGUCCGUGAAUAAAGACGACAUACAGAAAGAGAGAUCUGAGCAAAGUGUCAUAAAUACUGUAAAUGAAAGCAGGAUCAAGGAGCUCGAAGAAGAACUCGCAGAGGAACGGCGAGAGCGCAGCGUUCAAACGGAGCGCGAUAGCAUCAAGCUUUUCGAAGCCGAAGAGGAAUUGGCGCAGCUGCGUAAUAAACUCAAUUGCGCGGCAAGCUCGCAGAACUCUCAGCUUCAAGAACUGCAAAGUCGCAAUCAGAGCUUGGAAGAAGUAAAAAAUAGUUUGGAGAAGGAAGUGCAGGAGAAAUCAGAUCUGGUGAACGAAAGCGUGGAACGUAUCCGAGAACUAGAGAUUGUGGUGAGCAAAACGCAACAAGAGACCACGACGCAUAAAGAGUCCGAGAGCCGUCUGGAGAAGGAACUGGAAGCUGCCAGACAAGACUUGCAGAGCAAAGAAACAUUGGUGAAAAAUAUGAAGGAGGAAUUUGAGAAGAAUACCAGUUUAUUGAAUGAUGAGCUGCGAAAAACGCGGGAAACGAUCGAGACGAUGAAGAAGGACAGUGUUUGCGAGAAGGACUCGCUGCUGUCCAAGUAUCAGCAGACGCUCGAGGAAAAGGAACAGUUGAUCAAAGUGAAGACCGAGGAGCUGAGGGACGAGUCUAGGAAGCUGUUAGAGCAGCAGAAUGCCGUUCUAGAGAAUCUGAAGACCGAAAACGUUAAUCGUAUCCGUGAACUUUCAGAAUCUUUCGAACAACAGCUGCGCACGAAGGAUUCGAAAUUCGAAGAGAUCUCACAGCAACUCAGUCAGAAAAUAUCUGAAGCUGAGAGACUGUUGGCCGAACUGGCCGCUGAACGAGAACUCUGCAAGAAGAAAGACAGGGAGCUGAUCAACGCUCUACAAAAGUUGGAAGAACUAAGUACGAGGCUCAAAUUGGCCGAAGAAAACAACGACGCGUUGUCGAAACAAAUCCAGCACUACAAGUCCAAAAGUGACGACAAUGUCAAAAUAGUUCACGAAAAGCAAAAAUUGGAGCAAGACCUAGCCAGUUUAAUCUCGUCGGAGGAGCAAUCCACCGCGCAACUAAACAAAUUGAGCGAGGAGCUGAGAGUGAAGGACAAAGAGCUCGAGGAACUGCGAAACGCUACCACAGCGCAAAUAGAAGAAAUAACUAAACGCUUCCAGACUCAAAUUAAUGAUAAAGUCAAGUACAUCGAUGAGAUAAACGCGGACGUCGCACGGAAAGCCUUGAUGCUCACUAAAUUCGAAAAAGAUUUCGCGGAUAUGAAGGUGAUUAUAGCGAGCAAGGAUGAGGAGAUCAAACAUCUUCUUGAGAAAAUUUCAGAAUUGCAAGACGCUCUCACAUUAUCCGAACAAACGAAAACGAAUUUGGAGAGCGAACUACGCGGAUUCGAAACGAACGUGCAGAAUUUGAAUCAACAGGUCGUGAGGGCGGAAGAAAAAAUAUCUCAACUUUCAUUACAGAAGGAUAAACUGGAGUCUGAUAUAGCGAGUGCGAUUAACUCUUCUGCCGAUUCGUCAGAACAACUGUCGAAGUACAACGAGGACUUGCGAAAGAAAGAAAAGGAAUUGGACGAAGCUCGCGAGAAGAUCUUCCAAACAGAAACUACGUUGAAACAGACAGAAGGAAAAUUGACCGACACCAAGACGGAAUUAAAUAAAAGCGCGGUGUUAGUCGAGCAGUUGCGUUCGGAAAAAUCAAAUUUGGAAUCUCAAAUAAACGAUGCUAAAAAAUCAAAUACGAAUUAUGCGAAUAAAAUACAGGAACAUGAACGAAAUGAGAGUGAAUUGUCGGCGAAGCUACUGGAAGCCGAACGCGUCAAGAAAGAUUUGGAGGGAAAAUCUGGCGAAGUCGUCCAGCUUGCGGAGCGAUUGACGAAGAAGGAAGAAGAAAUCACCAAUCUUCGCAAAGAGUGCGAAACCUUGCGAAAUUCCCACAAAGAACAGACAUCUUCCUUGCAGAAAAAUGUCGCUGACUUGUCGGCUGAAUUGUCAAUCUCGCGAAACGAGGUAAAAGAUUUGCAACAGUCGAAAAACAAAUUGGAGAUUAAUCAAAGCGCGGAUCGAUGGUCGAUCGAGGAAUUGACAGAGAAGUUAAACGCAGAAGUGCGUAAAACGUCGGAGUUGGAGUGCUUGAUUCAGAAAAAGGAUGCACAGCUUUGCGAUGCGGAAAAUAAGUCAUCGGAAUUGCAAAGGAUAAACGAAUCCUUGACCACCGAUAAGGAGACAGCCGAUAAGAAUUUGACCACGUCCUUAAACACAAUGACUAGCACGGUGGAAGAGUUGAAGAAUAAGUUAAAGGACGCCGAAGAGACAAUCGUAGAUAAGACGAAUCAAAUAUCGAAGACAAAAGCGGAGAUUGAAAAAUCGCAGGAACAGGUAGCUGAAUUGAACGCUACAAUCUCCUCUAUGAAGGAGGAACAUGGUCUCAAUUGUAAUGAGCUAAAGAACGCACUAGAAGCAACUGCACAGAAUCAAAGCGUAAUAAACGAAUUGACCGAAAGUAGAACUACUUUGGAGAAUUCAGUAAAGUCCUUGGAGAUUCAAUUAUCGAAUCUGCACGAGGAAUUGAAUAAAAGAGAGAAGCUGCGAGCAGAAAUGGAAGCUAAGAUGAAAGAAUUGGAGACUUCCAAGGAGGAGGAAAUACUGAAAUUGCGGAAAAUUUUAGAAUCCGAAGUUGCGGCUAAGCAAAAAGAGCUUGAAGAUAUACAUAGGCAAAAUAAAGAAUUUGAAGAACAGUUGCGGAUAACUGUAGAUAAUCAGACUGAUAUAAAUAAGAAAAAUGAGAAGUUGUUGGAGCAGUUGCGGGACAUUGUAGAUAAACAGAAAGCGGAUGUAAGUGAUAAGGAGGCAAUAAUCGAUAAACUAAAGGAGCAAAUAAAAGCACUGGAAGAUACGCAGGUAGAAGGGGUGAAAGCGAUGCAGCAAGCGCGGAAUGAAGACAUCAAGAUGAAGCAGAACGAGCUGAACAGCGCGAACAAGCGAAUCCACGAGCUGCUGCAUACGUCGAACGCUCUGGAAAAGCAGCUGAGCGAGCAGGAGAUUAAAUUGGUCGAUCUGACGAAGUGCAGAGAGAAGCACGAGAAGGAGCAGAAUAAGAAGAUGGAGAAUUUGUUGGAGAAGCUGAAUGUCACCGAGGCGGAGGAAACACGGCUACGGGACGAACUGAGUCGGUUGGAGAAGGAAAACAAACAAGUCGCCGCGAAGUGGACAGAAGCGACGGAUCAGCUGAAAUUAUUGCAGGAAAAUCUGAAGAACACUUAUGACGGCACGGGAGAUACGAAGCAGCACAUCGUCGCGAAGAACAUCGACGUCGAGAAGAACAUCGACGUCGCGAAGCUGCAGGAGGAGAACGACACCGUGAAGAGUCAGAUUGACUUCCUAAACUCCGUAAUAGUCGAUAUGCAACGUAAGAAUGAGAAACUGCUGUGUAAGAUCGAGGUUCUCGAGAUGGGAGUUCCCGCGAACGAAGCCGACGACUAUACUCGCAGCACGUUGGACAAACGAGCAGCGGCACCUCGUAUGUUCUGUGAUAUUUGCGAUCAAUUCGAUCUACACGAGACAGAGGACUGUCCACGACAGGCCCAAGAUUUCUCGGAGAGCGUCGAGAGGGCGGCAAAACCCCCGAAAAAGCCACCCGUCGAGAGGCCGUACUGCGAAAACUGCGAAAUGUUCGGGCACGACACUCGAGACUGCGACGACGCCGAAACAUUUUAACGUUACGUUAUUGUCCGUAGACUCCUUCCAUUCGCUUAUCAGAUGUCCCGCAGCUGUGCAAAAAGGUUUGUUAAAACUUACAGAGUAUAUUUUUGUAUGAUGAAUUUUUCAAUUGGAUCCUAAAUCCGAGUAUAAGUCUUCCCGCGUAGAACGGGCACUCGAUAACAUCCCGAAACAUUGAAAAAUAUAUGUUCCCUCCAAAUGACGUGAUUUCAUUAAAUCUUAAAUUAUUCUUAGCACAAUUUGCGCGAACCAUUGUGACAGUUAUUAAAAUUCAAUUUACAAAUUAUAUCAUUUAUUUUAAUUGGAUUAUAUCAAACAUUAUUUUUAACGCUCCUCAAUUGCUUUAGACAUGAAGAAAAAUUGAAAUUAUCGGCAUUCAGUUGAGAAUAAUAAUUUAUUAUUGCUCUCGUUUCCAGAUAUAUUUGCAGGGGGCAUACAUUUAUGUUUUAGCUUUGAUACCUACUUUGUAAUACCUUGUGAGUUAUGUAUAAGUAUAAUUUUGUAUAUACUAGGUAUUCGAAUUAGUUAUCUCUUUAUUUAAUAUUUAUUUUCCGCGUUCGCGCGCUUUAUGAAGACAGUUCCUGUAGUGCUUGCGGGUAAACAAAACGCAGUUUCAGGCGUGAGGCCUCAAUUCACGCCUCUUUUCGAACAUGAUAUACUCCCAUAAUACUUUCCGUUAAGUAAUUCUUUAUAGUUUUCGUCUAGUAAGAAGAAAAAAAAUAGAUACGCAUAUAUAUAUCUCGAAAGAUUUUGAAGCUGACUUAAAGAAAUAUCGUGACCUGCUAUUGUCUUGCCUUUUUGUUACGAAUUCUAGGACUGAAACCUAUAUAUAUUUUUUAAGCCAAUCAUAUUGUAACACAUGCAAUGCAUUGCAGAUAAUGCUUUGUAGAGUAGACUGAACAAAAUCUCAUAUAAAAUA